AUGUCGUCUCAACUCUUCUAUCGCGCUUAUUCACCCAAACGUGCUGGUCAAAAACCAACCGCUUUGGUUUCAGUGACUUCUAGUAUCAUUAGAGCUGCAAACAUUGCGUUUCAUAAGGAAUACAAAGAUGAUGAAGAUCCUGCCGAGAUCUGGAUUGCCAUGAUUAAAGUUCCAGAUCGGGAUAAAGAUAUAUUUCAUUCUGCACAAGAGAUGGCGAAAAGGCGUCGUGAACAAAAGUCUGUGUUGUUCAAGAAUGAAUAUCUCUUCGAGUGGGAGAUUCCAACGGAAUAUGUUGUGCAUAGAGUUUCUGCGCAGACACUCUUGGAACGUGGUCUAGAUGUGGAAGAAUAUUGCGAGAAAAUAUGGGAUGAAUUUGUAAGAAAAGGGAUUGACGUCUACAACGAUCACACCAGGUACGAAGAAGAACUUGAAAUGUUCAUGGAGAUUGAGGCAGAUGCGAUUAGGAUAGGAUUGUAA